GUACCCCACAAAAUAAACCCAGAACCUCGGCCAUCAUGUCUUCCCCUGUCACCGACCCUGUCCAAAACAGCACCGGCAAAUGGAUCGAAGAGAACAAACAGUUUUUCCUUCCACCUGUCUGCAACAAGAUGAUGCACAAUGAAGGACAAAUGAAAAUGUUUUAUGUGGGCGGACCUAACCAAAGGAAGGACUACCAUAUAGAGGAGGGUGAGGAGCUGUUCUACAUGAUAAAAGGAGACAUGGUACUGAAAGUUGUGGAGAGGAACAAACAUAGAGACAUUCCUAUCAAGGAGGGGGAGAUUUUUCUAUUGCCAUGUAGAGUAGCCCACUCUCCCCAGAGAAAACCAGACACCAUUGGCAUGGUGAUAGAAAGGGACCGCGCUCAGACAGAAAAGGAUGGACUCAGGUAUUAUAUAGAGGAAGAUGGUAAACCAACUCUCAAGUCUCUGUAUGAGGAAUGGUUCCACUGUGAAGAUCUUGGGUCACAACUUGGACCAAUCAUCAAAAGGUUCUUCGCAUCUGAACAGCACAAAACAGGGCAACCAGUUGGGGAGAUCGCUCAACCUCCAUUUGAGCUGGAUUCCAAUAUACAGCUACAGGAUCCUUUCAGUCUGAAGGAAUGGAUCAAUAAGAACCGGACAGAACUAAACAGUAGUGGUGUGGUCAAAAUGUUUGGGAAUGGUAGCCAGUUUAAGGUCAGUGUUUAUGGAAAAGGAGAGCAUACAGAUCAAUGUCCUAAUGCUGAAAUUUUCAUUUGGCAACUGGAGGGAAGUUCUACUGUAACGGUUAAGGACAAGGAGUUUAAUUUGGCCGAGGAUGACUCACUCCUUGUUCCUCUUGGACAGAGUUACACAUCUAAGCAGGAACAAGGAUCUGUGUCCAUGAUCUGUUACCAGGACCCCACCCUCAAGGUCAAACCCAAGUAGAAAGGUCAAGGACUCAUAGUAACCAGGAACCAACAGAAAUCUUCACAAGUAUUAAAAAUUUACUUUGACCUUCACAUUUGAAAUUUCAAUGUCAAGGUCAAGUGAAAGUAAUCAAUCAACAGUUGAGAAGUUUGAUGUAUUACACUGUAUACUAGUAUACCCUUAACAGCAUUAUUGUAUUAUUGUAUGGUUGUGGUUAACUCGGUUGUUUUUAUAACUCCCCUGCAUCAAAGUUCAGGGUAUUCAAAUUGCUCUGCCUGUCUGUCUGUGUUUUAUACAAAUCUUGUCAGCAAAACUCUUAAGCUUGUGAACUGAUUGUGAUGAAAUUUUUUCGGAAUAUAAUGGACCAUAUGUCAAUGUGCAUGCAACUUAUUUUCUUCAAAAGUUUGGUUGUCAUGGUAAGUGGUCAUUAUAAACUGGCUUUCCGAUAAAGUGCCAUAACUCUUCAGUCAUUUGACCAAUUUAAUGCAGCCUUGGUCAAACAGUGUAACUAAACAAAGCCUAUAUUUUGACAAACUAGGUGUUUCCAAAACUUUACCAUGGCAACACAAUCCUGGCCUCUGAUUGGUCAAACUUUAGUUAUUUGCUGAUUUUAACUAAAUUUAGGUAUGUAGGAGAUGCCAGACAUCUUGGCACAUGUUCAUGUUUCGUUGCUAUAACAAUCAUACAGACGGAAAUAUGGGUCUUCGAUUAGUCAAAAUUUACAUUUGUCGGCAAAUCUUUCAAAGAAAACACUUCCUAAAUUUAUCUGAUUCUGAUGAAACUUCAUAGACAGUGGUUUGGGAGUGGGGGAUAUUUGUCAAGUCAUCCAUACCAGUUCUAGUUAGGUAUCUCUUACUCAUUUUGCUUUAAAGAUGCGUUGUUUUAUUUGUUUCUGGAGACUACACGUAUUCCUUACUGGAUGCACCUGUGAAUGCACCGGUGGGAUGGCAGAAUUUUACUUAAUACUCAUUUGUGUUAUACAUUCCUUUUAUACAUUGUAGUUGCAUGGUCUUGUAUCUUUAGUAUUUAAGUGUUUAAAGGUGAAUCAACGGGAAGAAACCCACACUUACACAUGUUAGAAAUUAUAUACAGAUUGAAAUGCAUUAUAAUAUACUGCUGAUUUGAAACAAAAAUCACCAAGUGAAAUUAAAACUCUGCGAAACCUUCUUCAUUGAUAUUGGAGUCUUUGGCUUAUAUAGUUGUAUUCUUGCAUCCAUCCCACAGUGACUGUUGAAGACCUAUAUUAUCAAGGGCUCCAAUAAUGAUAACUGUUUAAAGGGAUUGUGAUAAAAUUGAAUACAUGUUUAUCAUAUAACUUAAAAAUUCUAUCCCUCCAAUGGAAAGUAGACAGCCUGAGCCCAAAUAGACAAAAGAAAAAUUGGUAAUUAAUGUCAAGUACUAGUACUUUUGAACUUAGUCACCAAAAUAUUCAGGUGAGUGAGGUUGUCCUCAUGUUAUGACAUUGUUUUUAAAAAGAGAGAUUAAAUGAUUAAGAUAUAUAUAUGUGUGUAUGGAUCGGAAUAAACUGUGUACAUGUAAUUUGUAUUGCCCCGAUUCAGAAAAUUUGAUAUCUUUUAAACAUGUACAUAUAUACAAUAUAUAGAUACCAGUUAGCGUUUAUAAUCUUGUUGAAGGAAUCAAAUUCCUAUUGCAUAUAGUAAUACCUUCUAUUUUAUUAUGUUUUUUAAUCAGUUUUGUCGAGAAUAAUAAACAGAUAUUUUAUAAAAGAUAA